CAAAAUCAAAGACUACACACAUAAGCCUACAGAGACAGACGGACGGCCACAGCCAUACCCACCCCAAAAAUGGGGGAAAGGAGGAGUUAAAGGGGAUGGGAGAGGGACUGGUCACACCUUCCUCUUAAGGAUCAGUGGGUGAAAGAGAGGGGUGAUGGGUUUUGAAACUUGCUGCACUUGACCUGUCGGUGGGGUCUUGGGGGACUUGUGGACCACGCUGAGCUAUGGCUUCGCUCCUGUCCUGGCUUUUCAUCACCAUAUGGUUGGAUCACACCCUGGGAAACCCGAAGGAUGAAGGGAACCUCUACUCGGACAACAUCACCCGGAUCCUGGACAAGCUGUUGGACGGCUAUGACAACCGGCUCCGGCCGGGUUUUGGGGGCGCCGUGACAGAAGUCAAGACGGAUAUUUACGUGACCAGCUUUGGCCCCGUGUCAGACGUGGAGAUGGAAUACACAAUGGAUGUUUUCUUUCGUCAGACAUGGAUUGAUGAAAGAUUAAAGUUUAGAGGACCAACUGAGAUUCUGAGAUUGAACAAUUUAAUGGUCAGUAAAAUUUGGACCCCAGAUACAUUUUUUAGGAAUGGCAAAAAGUCAAUAGCUCAUAACAUGACAACUCCCAACAAACUCUUCAGGAUAAUGCAAAAUGGAACCAUUCUGUAUACAAUGAGACUUACGAUAAAUGCUGACUGUCCCAUGAGAUUGGUCAACUUCCCUAUGGAUGGGCAUGCUUGUCCACUGAAGUUUGGGAGCUAUGCUUAUCCCAAAAGUGAAAUAAUUUAUACAUGGAAGAAAGGACCCCUCUAUUCUGUAGAAGUUCCUCAGGAGUCUUCAAGUUUACUCCAGUAUGAUCUGAUAGGACAAACAGUUUCAAGUGAAACUAUUAAAUCCAAUACAGGUGAAUACGUAAUAAUGACAGUUUAUUUCCACCUGCAAAGAAAGAUGGGAUACUUUAUGAUACAGAUUUACACUCCCUGCAUUAUGACAGUCAUUCUUUCUCAGGUGUCUUUUUGGAUUAAUAAGGAGUCUGUUCCUGCCAGGACUGUUUUUGGAAUUACCACCGUUUUAACAAUGACUACUCUAAGCAUUAGUGCCCGUCAUUCUUUGCCCAAGGUGUCCUAUGCUACUGCCAUGGAUUGGUUCAUAGCUGUGUGUUUUGCUUUUGUCUUUUCUGCACUCAUUGAGUUUGCAGCCGUCAACUAUUUUACCAAUCUUCAUGUCCAGAGAGCAAAGCGUAAGGCAGCCAAGGCAGCAGCUCUGGCAGAAGCCCUGUCAGCAACCACGGACCCAGAAAAGGAGAGGAUUGUCUCGCACUCUGCUUCCAACUACAAUUUGAAGAAGCGAAUGAAUUCUUUGACCUCACAUAAAGUUCCAUCUCUUGACAUUAGCAUGGUUUCUACCACUGUACCUAAUUCACAAUCAGCUUCCACCACUCCCCCAUCAUCUGGACCAAAUGAUGGCACAAGCAAAAUAGAUGAAUAUUCCAGGAUUCUCUUCCCAGUGGCAUUUUCAGGAUUCAAUUUGGUAUACUGGAUUGUUUACCUUUCCAAAGAUACGAUGGAAGGUAACAGUAAUGUUUAAAAGCUUUCAGGCAUGGUUUAACACUACAGAUAAUUUAGGAGAGCCAAUAUUGUUCUAUCACUGAUUUUUUAAAUGUAUUGUAGAUACUGUCAUAGUAAUUAUGUGAUGAUUAUGGAUUUGAUAAAAAACACUGAUUCUGUCAAAGGCUGGUAAAGAUGGAUAAUUGAAAACAUAUAUUACUUGGCACAGGACUUUAAUAAACUGGGUUAACUGUUUCAAAUAAAUGUAUAAUGACAUUUAAAAUUAA